CUUCUUCUCUUGUUUUAGAAAUAAAAUAUCUGCCGUAAAAUGUUAUUUAGAGUAGUUUUUCAGUGUCACAUUAUGCGUUUUAUUUUUUUUGUCGAAGUGAGCUUAGCGUGAUGUAACGCCAGAAGCGUUAGCAUGUUAGCAUUGAGUCUUGAGUCCCUGGAUGAAGACUGUACGCUGGAGGAGGAAGAGGAGGGAUUGAUCGAAGAGGAAGAAGAAAUUGAUCAGUUCAAUGAUGACACCUUUGGUGCAGGAGCCAUCGAUGAUGACUGGCAGGAGGAGCACAAACGACUGGCUGAGCUGGAUAAGCGGGAUGGACUGGGGGCAGAAGGUGGAGGAGGGAUGGGCCGAGACUUAGACUUUGGAGGAGCAGAGGAGUCCUCCUCUACUCUUCUGACUCCUUCCACAGGCCGUCCCCCCCUCCCAUCUUCCCUUCCUUCACUGAACUUCGCACCCUCCUCCAGGCUGCCUCCUCUAGAUUCUGAGGAUAGAGGAGGGGGAGGUGACCUGGUGGAGUCCUUGGCCAGGUUCAUCCUGGACGCAGAUCCAGCCAUAGCCGGCGUAGGGACCACCGAGAGACCUGUCCCUUCCUUGAGUUCCAGUGGUUCCAGCAUAUCCUCACUUCAGGGACUGGAGCCAUCUCGAGUUCUAUCCCGGCACUCCUCUAUGCCACAGCCCACUCACUUACAGCAUCCUCCUCGCCCCUCCCAGCACCAGCUGCCCCCUGGACCCUCCAGUUCAGGCCUUUCCUCAGCCGCUGCUUCUCCAUCAAUGCUCAGCUACCAGCAGCAGCAGCAUAUGCUGCACAGAGGCUCUGUCCCCAUCAGUCAGAUGAAUUCUCACAACAUCUGGGACAACAGUAUGGGCUUCGGCCCAGUCAGCAUGUCACCAGGACUGGCUACUCACAUGGAGGACAGUCCAUUAAUGUCCAUCAUCAAAGAGGUGGGACUACCUAAAUUACCUCCUCAUGGAAGGAAUGAUGAAGAACGGGAUUUGUCUGAGAGGGUCCCACCUCCUCGCUCAUCUUCCCCUGUUAUCGGCUCUCCUCCAGUGAGGGCUGUACCUAUUGGGACGCCACCCAAACAACCAAUCAGCCACAGUCUAAAUCAUCAGAGCCAUCAUCCCACAGCUGUGCAUGUCAGAGCUCCGCUCCAGCACAGAUACCCGCCUCCUUUCCCUGAGCGUCUGUCACCAAACACUCUCCUCAAUAUAGCUAAUUCUCCGCUCGGUCGCAGUCCCUUCCCUCCUGGUGUCGGCCCAGUUCUGUCUCAGAUUAAACGGGCUCAGCUACUAAACUCUCAGGUGGCUGGUUUCCCCCGUGGAGGACCUGCACCUCCCAUGUUGCCUGGUGGUGGAGGUUUCCGGCCCUUUUUUGGGGGGCCACCUCCUCCUCAUGGUCAUCGAAUGGGCCCCAUGCCUCCACAUGGUCCUCCUAACCACACACCGCCCAUCAGGCAUAACACCACCCACCUCCACCCUCAGCACCGGCGUAUGCUCACCCAGCGAAUGCAGAGCAGAGGAGGGGACCGUGGCAGGACUGGAGGAGACCGUCGCAGCAGAGACCCCUACAGUAAUCUGAUGACCCAGAAGGAGAAAGAGUGGGUGACCAAGAUCCAGAUGAUGCAGCUCCAGAGUACAGACCCGUACCUGGACGACUACUACUAUCAGAAUUACUAUGAGAAGAUGGAGAAACGACAGGAGAAGGAGAGAGACAGCAGCAGCAGGAAAGAACACACCACCAAGCUCAUCACUCCACAGGUGGCCAAGGUUGAACACACCUACAGACCAGUUCAGUUUGCAGGUUCUUUAGGAAAGCUGACGGUUUCCAGUGUCAACAACCCACGCAAGAUGAUUGACGCAGUGGUGACAACUCGCUCUGAUGACGAAGAGAAAAGAGAGAAGCAAGUUUGGAAUAAGAGGAGACAGAUCCUCUACACAGUGGAGAAGAUGUACAGUUUGUUGCUGGAGGUCCAAGACUUUGAGAAACGUUUUGUGCAGACACCAGAGGAGGACAGAGAAGCUCUGCUGGAGCAGCACAAACAGAACACAGAGCAACUUUGCAACUCUAUGAGGGAGAAGGAAUGGGAGGACAGAGUGAGCGAUGAACAGUGUGUGAUGAUCAUGUCGGUGAGGAAGGGCAAGCGGCUUGUUGCCAGGCUCCUCCCCCUCCUGCCCUCAGCACAGGCCGCCGCCAUUGUCAUGGCGAUUGCACGCAACCUUCCCGCCCUGACCAAGAAAGACAAACAGGAUCAGGUGCUGUGCUGGUUGGUGGAGCCUGUCUCUGCUGUCAUCCAAUCAUUGUCGAGCUCCGCCCUCACAGACCUGCUGCAGGAACUUCAAGGCAGUGAGGGUCAGCUGGCCACAGUACUGCAGAACAAGUUUGGUGUGACACUGCUGUAUCUGAUCCUGAGUGAAGGUGAGAAGAUGCAGAGCUCAGACCCCAACUGUCAACUGAUGGACGACAAUCGAUGGACUGAGUUAGUGUUUUCCGUGACCAGGGAGCUGCUCAGCGUUUCGUCCUCUUCCCUCUCUGCUCCUCUCUUCACUCCGGCCAACCUCUUGUCCCUCUUCUCCCGUUAUGUGGAUCGUCAGAGGUUGGAGCUGUUACAGAACAAACUACAAAUCACCGCUCUGUCCAGGUAGAAGUUACCACAGACAUGGACACCACCCCUGAUGUAGACCUGUUUGUGAGUGUGUGUAUGUGCGUGUGCAAGUAUGAGGUGAAUAUGAUGGAGGAGGAUUUUAAUCCAGCAGAAUCUAGUCACUUGUUUCUUCUUUGUGUGUAGUCUGUGUAUGUGUGCAUCUGUGUGUGUGUGUGUGUGUGUGUGUGUGCGUGUGAGAGAGAGAGAGAACUGUACAGUCUGAAUGAUGAUUAAAUAUAAAAUCUGCAUUUUUAAAUAUCUUGUUUACAAAUAUGCCUGUGAUGAACUUUCAAAUUAAAAGUAUUUCUAUUCUAUAA